AUGGAACGGGAAGGGAGAGAUAGGAUACAGAGAAGGAUACUGGAAGCAGAAAUAGGGACGAAAGGAGAGAAGGAUACGGGAAGGAUAAGAGAAGGAUACGGGGAAGGAAAGAAGAACCGGAAAUACGGGAAGGGAAGAAGAUACAGGAAGAGCGGAAGCGAUACGGGAAGGCUACAGAAGGAUACGGGAAGAAGAAGAAUACUGGGGAAGAUUACAGGAAGGGAUACGGGGAAGGAGAGAAGGAACGGGAAGGAUACAGCGAAGAGAAAUUACGGAAAUACAGGAAGGAUCGGGGAAGGGAAGGAUACGAAGGGAUACGGAAGGAUACGGGGAAGGAAGAAAGGGAUACGAAGGAUACAGAAGAUACGGGAAGGAGAGAAGGAUACUGAAGGAGAGAAGCGAUACGGGAAGGUGGAGAGAAGGAUACAGAGACAGGGAUACGUGCGAAGGAGAGAAGGAUACGGGAAGGAGAGAAGGACUACAGAAGGAUACGGAAGAAGGGGGAGAAGGAUACGGGGAAGGAUGCAAGAAGGAUACAGGAAGGAUACGGGAAGGAGAGAAGGGAUACGGGGAAGGAGAGAAGGAACGGGAAGAGAGAAGGAUACCAGAAGAGGGGAAAGGGAUACGGGAAGGAAAGUAAGGAUACAGAGAAGGAUACGGGAAGAGAAAGGGAUGACGGGAAAGAGAGAACGUAUACGAGGAAAACGGGAAGGAGAAGGAACGGAGGGAUACGGGAAGGAUAAGAGGAAGGAUACGGAAGGUAAAGAAGGAUACGGAAGGAUACAGCGGAAGGGAUACGCAAGGGAGAGAAGGGAAACGGAACGAUACAGGGAAGGAUACGGGAAGAGAGAAGGAUACGGGAAGGCAUACAGGAAAGGGAGCAGAAGGAUACGGGAAGGAUACAGGGAAGAUACGGGAAGGGAGAGGAAAGGGAUACGGAAGGAUUACAGGGAAAGGAACGGUAAGGAGAGAAGGAUACGUGGAAGAUACAGAAGAGAAGAUAGGGAAGGAAUUACAGGGAAGGAUACGGAAGGGAAGGGAUACGGAAGAUACAGGAAGAUACGGGAAGAAGAAGAGAAGGAUACGGGAAGGAUUACAGAGCAGGAUACGGGAAGCGAGAGAAAGGGAUAUGGGGAAAUACAGGGAAGGAAGGAUACGGGAAGGAUACGGAAUGGAUACAGGGAAGAUACUGGGGAAGGAUACAGGAAGGGAAGGAUACGGAAGGAUUACAGGGAAGGAUACGGCGGAAGGCAUUACAGGAAGUGGAAGGAUACGGGAAGGAUACGGGGAAGGGAUACAGGGAAGGGAAGGAACGGGAAGGAUACAGGGAAGGAAGGAUACGGGAAGGGGAAGAGGAAGAUCGAAGCAAGAAGGAUACGGGAUACGGGAAGCGACCGAGAAGGAUACAGAGAAGAUACGGAAGCUAGUGAAGGAUACAGAAAGGUUACGGAAGAAGAAGGAUACGGCGGAGAGAAAAGAUACGGGGAAGGGAGAGAAGGGAUACGGAAGGGAUACGGGGAAGGGAGAGAAGGGAUACGGGGAAGGGAGAGAAGGGAUACGGGGAAGGAACGGGAAGGCGAGAAAGCGAUACGGGAAGGAGAGAAGAUACGGGGAAUGGAGGAAAGGAUACGAAGGAGAGAUAGAUACUGGGUGAAGGAGGAAGCGAUACGGGAACGGCAGAUGAAGGGAUACGGGGAAGUGUAA